UAUAUAUAUAUGUAUAUUACCACUGUUGAACAAGAAGACAUGGCAAACAAUAUGGCAGAAGAAGUAAAGCUUUUCAAGACAUGGUCAAACAUUUUUGGCUUAAGGGUUGUUUGGGCGUUGAAGCUCAAAGGUAUAGAGUAUGAAGCAAUAGAUGAAGAUCUAUCCAACAAGAGUGCUCUGCUUCUUCAGUACAAUCCUGUGUACAAGAAAGUCCCAGUUCUUGUUCACAAUGGAAAGCCUGUCUCAGAAUCACUUCUGAUUCUUGAAUAUAUUGAUGAGACAUGGAACCAGAAUCCGAUAUUGCCCGAAGAUCCUUUCGAGAGAGCCAGGCAACGGUUCUUGGCCAAGUUCAAUGAGGAAAAGCUUUUACCAACAAUAUGGGCCAUUUUCACCAAGGAAGGGAAAGAUCGAGAGGAAGCGAUGGCCGCAUCGGUGGAGAAUCUGAAGUUCGUUGAAGAAGAGCUGAAAGGGAAGAAAUUCUUCGGCAGCGAGAAGAUUGGACUGGCGGAUCUCGUUUUCGGUUGGAUGGCGAACUUGAUCGGUAUUUUUGAAGAGGUAAUUGGCUUGAAAAUAGUUGAUGAGAGAUAUCCACUAUUGUUGGCCUGGAUGCAAGAGUUUUAUGAACUCCCUGUGAUUAAAGAUACAUGGCCUCCUCAUGACAAGAUGAUCAUCAAGUACCAAGCACUUUAUGAAAACUACCAUCCUGCAAAAUGAU